GCUCAGAUGAAUAAUGACCGCACUGGUUGCUUCUUGUCGUACUAGUUUUGGGAUUUGUAAUUGUACUCCUUCUCAGUCAAGACGAAGACGAACAUAUUUCACGACCAGACAGCUCGUUGCAUCUGGUACGAUCCAUGUGGAUUGCGAUAGGGCCGCUUUCGACACGGAUGCCGGUGGAAGCAGACUAAAGAAAACUGAAAGUAAGUUCUCCUAAGUCUAAAUGGAGAAAAUAAUGACGGAGGUCGAUGAAGAGUCUCUUUCUUCUACCUUCCCGGAUUCGUCCUCUUCCCUUGGCUACGGUGAUGUGAGUUAUGGACCGCGGUCCUCCGAAGAUGUUGCGCACGACUUGUUACGGACGGUUCUGAUAUUCGGCCUCACCGUCGGCAGCGCGCUGCUCCAGCAACCCUUCCUCUUCAAGCGAGCUUUUCGGGAGCUCUCGCUUUUCUACACACAGCAUGUUGGUCCCGUAGCUGUGCCAACAGGACGAGGAGCAUUAAAGGACGUCGCGUCAUCUACUGUGGCGCAUGAUGAAGAUCAUCUUCCGGAUGCUGCAAAAGGGAGGAAUUCUUUUUGUGAACGAGCUGCAGGUCGUGGAUCAAGAACCACUACGAACUUUCUCCUCUUACUCGGCAUCGGCUGCGAGUUGGCCGUGAUAACUCUGUUACCCUUGAGCUUGGCUUCGGCGCUGCUUGUGACGGUGCAGUUUGUGGUGCUACUGAAGUUGCAAGCCGUGACGGCGGGGGCUGUCGUGGAUGAAAAAAAUCCUCCGAUGAAGCUUUUGCGCGCAAGUAGGUGUCACCAGCUCUGCACCAACGCGGCGGCGGUGAUAGUGUGCUUUGUCGUGUUGGAUUUUUGCCUACUGUCUGGGAAUGGAACCAGUCGCAGCUUUGCAGGAGUUGCGAGAAAUAGUGGUAGACUAACAACAGGAGCCAGAGUCUUCACUACGACAAAUAGAAUCACUUGUUUGCUGUUCGCCAUUGGGAGCUUGGUGCUGGGAAAAUACUGCUGCAAAGUUGUUGCCGAAGAGGAGGAGGCGGCGAGGGUGGGAGGUUCUACUUUUCUUGCAACAGUACAACUACACAGUAGCGCCACGCAUUCGGCCGAUGACCAGGCGCUGCUCGGCAAGAUUCGCGUUUUGCUUCUCCCCUUUUUCUUUACAGUGCCGAUUCUGAUUGGUUUGAAAUGCGUCCCGGCACUGCUGUUCCAUUUCGACAGCCAGAACUACAGUGGGCACCAUCACUUAGGGAGGAAAACCGGGCGCGACGACGUGGAUCCGAAAAUUUUUUUUGCAAGGGCGCGCAAGCGGUUGUUUUCGGACGGUCAUAGCUCUUUCCUUUUUUUCCCCUUGACUCAUCGUCUUCACGUCCAACCUUCGCCGUCAUCGUCCUGUGAUGUUGGUGGUCCUUCUAUGAAAGUGCAAGCAGACACGUUCUGCCCAUCACUGUCCAUCAUGCCUUGCCCCUCUUGGCAAGAGUGGAACUCCCUCUGGUUGUCCCUCACCAUCCGUCGGAAGCGGGUGUUCGGAAGCGGGCCCGGCCGGAAGAUUUGGGGGGACUUGUGUUCGGGCGGGACGGCCCGGUCCGGGCCGGGGCCAGAUCCGGGCCAAAUUUUCACGCCGUCCCCCGCCUACAUUCCAACAAAAUCCCUGUCAAAUCUGGCCCAAAUCCGGGACGGCCGGAAAUUCCCGGAAAUUCCCCCGGUUUGGCCCAGGAUUUGCCCCCUUCCGGGGGGCCAAUCGGCGCGAAAUCCCCGGCAAAUCCGGUUCAAAUUUUCACGCCGUCCGCCGCUUACAUUCCAACACAAUCCCUUUCAAAUCUGGCCGAUUUCUGGCGAAUAUCCCGGGAAAAUAUCUGGCCCCCAGAAAUGUCCCGGAUUUGUCCCGGAUCCGGGAAAAUCCGGGAUGGGCCCCAAACGUUCGGACGGGGGCUCGGGCCCGGGCGCCCGGGGCCGGCAGCACCCCUGUGGGGGCGGGGCGCGCGCGGGGCGGCGCGCUUGACCAGCAGCCGGCGGCGCAAACGGCGGGAUGGGGUCCGCGGCCGAGGCGGCCACCACUGUGAGGCAGCUCAGCCAGGUGGCGCAAGUGCUUCCGCUACUUGUGGGCGCGAGUUGUUAGUCGUGUUGUGGGUGUUGCCUGCAGGGGCCCCCGGCCAUCGCAACAAUGCAGGGCAAUGGGUACGCCUUUGAGCGGGAAUUCGCACAGUUGUUGCGCUUUCUGAAUGCAAAGAGUUGACAUGAGCAGCCCGGGGGCUGAUACCGACCAAAAGCAACCACUCCCGUGCUCUUGCAAAAAAAAUUUUCGGAUCCACGUCGUCGCGCCCGGUUUUCCUCCCUAAAUCACGACCAGCACCAGCAGUCUCACGACGUUUAUUCUUUCUUCUCCAUCUCCCUCUUCGCCCUCCUUUACUUCGUCGCCCGCCAAGAGCAGCAGGGCUGCCUCUCCAACGCACUUGCUCGCUGCGGCGGACCGUUGGUGACUCUGCAUUAUGGCAUCGGGACGGUUUUGGUUUCGUUAGUUCUCGGCCGCUUGCUGUUUCUGGACUCCCUGUUUUAUACCGCGCCUGUGGACAAUCUGAGUCCACGAAGACCACCCCACGAAGGCAUUUUAAUUCUGAAGCACGUGGUGCCCAUCCUUCUCGCGGUUUUUUUCUGUCUCAUCCCGGUGGCAAUCAGUAACGCGGAGACGUCCGUGGGCGGCACGAGCAGUAGCAUAACAACUACCUCUGGUGCAGAACAAGUGAAUACGAACGGCGACAUGGAAAGCGAGGUGCUGGGGAAUAGCUACGCGUCGAAAAGAAAAGUAGAAGCAGAAGGUGAGCUAGUAGGUGCUGGGAACAUCAGCGGAGAGGAUUAUAUCGACGAAGACGAUAUUUUGGAGUCGGCAGGAACCGCGGUCAUUGGCGACGAGCAGGGGCAGGACGCAAGCAGAACGCAGCACAUAGAGCAGAAAUACAAAGGCGACGAGGUCCUCGCGCCGGUACAACAGAUCAAUGAUGAGUUUGAUCUUUUGGGUAUUGAGGUACCGAGAAACGUGGAUCUGUUACAGGAUCUUGACGAAAAUAUUAACGCCGACCAAGCUCGUGGUCCUGUCGUAAAGGCAAUGUAGUGACGUGGAGCUAUGAAUAACUCGAUGAAGCGAAGUGCUAUUCCUUUUCCUGAAGAAUUAACUAGAAGAUCAGAACCACGGUGACGGAUGAAAUUAGAAAAGUAGAGCCUUCCUCUACGAAUAGGCUACCGGGCCGUUAUUAGAUAGAAUCCGCCCUGCUCCUGACCGUCGCGUGUCAGAAGGCCCUGUUGUAGUUGUUAUACGAACAACUCCUACGCGUAGGCGUACGCCGCCG